AUCCCCAUCCCCCGCCUCUAGUCCUGGACCUGCUGCAGCCUCAGCUGGGAGAGCUGAGCUGGGUGGGGAGGGGAGCGGGGCAGGCGACCCUGGAGACGGAGGCGCCGCGGCCUCUCCCCACCAGGCGGCCCCCGGACCCCACUAGACACCCCAAGGCAUACCGGCCGCACCUCUAGAGUCACCCCGCGCUGAUUCCUCCCCUCAUCUCUAGACUCCUUCCCCAUCUUUUUCGUCUUUACCCUCCCUACCCUUCCCCGGCUCCGGACCGACGCCCUCCCCUCACUCCCGGACCGGCCCUUCUCGGCGCCCCUCCUCCCUAGGGAGAUGCAAUGAGCCGGUGCCCCCGCGUCCUCACCGCCGCCCCGGGCACGGUGCCCGCCCGGUGCCCGUGGUGGGGAGGGAGCACCCCGCGGCCCCUCCGUGACGCCCUUCCCUUGGGGCCCCCCUCGGCUGGCGUCCCAGGGCCAUGUCCCGGGGGACCCAGCCAGAGGGUGGGCUCUAGGGCGAGGGGGUUGGAGAGGAGGAAGGACGGGGCGUUGGGCGCCUCUGAGAUGCUCCCAAGCGCCUGGGCGGGCCGAGCGAGGCGCAGGCAACCGGGCGGCAGGCAUGAUGCCCUCGCCUAGUGACUCAAGCCGCUCGCUGACCAGCCGACCCAGCACCCGGGGCCUUACCCACCUCCGCCUCCACCGGCCCUGGCUGCAGGCCCUGCUCACGCUGGGGCUGGCCCAGGUGCUGCUGGGCAUCCUGGUGGUCACCUUCAGCAUGGUGGCCUCCUCCGUCACCACCACCGAGAGCAUCAAGAGGUCCUGCCCGUCUUGGGCUGGGUUCUCGCUGGCGUUCUCCGGGGUGGUUGGCAUUGUGUCUUGGAAGCGGCCAUUUACUCUAGUGAUCUCCUUUUUCUCCCUGCUGUCGGUGCUCUGUGUCAUGCUCUGCAUGGCUGGCUCUGUUCUGUCCUGUAAGAACGCUCAGCUGGCCCGAGACUUCCGAGACUGUUCCAUGGAAGGAAAGGUCUGUGUGUGCUGCCCAUCCGUUCCCCUCCUCCGGCCCUGUCCAGAGUCAGGACAGGAGCUGAAACUUGCCCCUAACUCCACCUGUGAUGAAGCCCGAGGGGCUCUCAAGAACCUGCUCUUCAGUGUCUGUGGGCUCACCAUCUGUGCGGCCAUCAUCUGUACCCUCUCUGCUAUUGUCUGUUGUAUCCAGAUCUUCUCCCUGGACCUUGUGCACACGCUGGCUCCUGAGCGCUCAGUCUCGGGGCCCCUGGGGCCUCUGGGCUGUGCAUCCUCGCCCCCAGCCCCCCUUCUACACACCAUGCUGGACUUGGAGGAAUUUGUACCGCCGGUGCCCCCGCCUCCCUACUAUCCCCCAGAGUACACCUGCAGCUCAGAGACGGAUGCACAGAGCAUUACCUACAAUGGCUCCAUGGACAGCCCGGUGCCCUUGUAUCCUACUGAUUGUCCCCCUUCCUAUGAAGCUGUCAUGGGGCUACGAGGAGACAGCCAGGCUACUCUCUUUGAUCCUCAGCUUCACGAUGGCUCUUGCGUCUGUGAACGAGUGUCCUCCAUUGUAGAUGUGUCCAUGGACAGCGGGUCUCUGGUGCUGUCAGCCAUCGGCGACCUCCCUGGGGGCUCCAGCCCUUCAGAGGACUCGUGCCUGCUGGAGCUGCAGGGCUCGGCGCGCUCCGUCGACUACGUGCUCUUCCGCUCCAUUCAGCGCAGCCGCGCCGGCUACUGCCUCAGCCUGGAGUGCGGCCUGCGCGGCCCCUUCGAGGACAGCCCCCCGCCACGGCGGCCCCCUCGGGCCGCCCGCUCUUAUUCCUGCUCUGCUCCUGAGGCUCCCCCGCCCCCACCGGGGGCCCCCACGGCUGCUCGCAGCUGCCACCGGCUGGAGGGCUGGCCGCCCUGGGUGGGACCCUGCUUCCCGGAGCUGAGGCGGCGGGUCCCCCGGGGAGGCAGCCGGCCAGCAGCAGCCGCUCCCACCCGAGCCCCCACUCGGCGCUUCAGCGAAAGCUCAGGAUCCCUCACCCCACCGGGGCACCGGCCUCCGCAUCAGGCUCCCCCGCCACCCCUGCGGCUGCCUCGGUCUCACAGCGAUCCGGGCAUCACCACCUCCAGCGACACCGCUGACUUCAGGGAACUUUAUACCAAAGUGCUUCAAGAAGAAGCUGUUUCCGUUUCCUUUGUGGAUACAGGGCUCUGCUCCGAAGCCUGCCUCUUCCGCCUGGCCCGCUGCCCUUCCCCUAAGCUGCUACGUGCCCGCUCAGCCGAGAAACGGCGCCCUGUGCCCACCUUCCAGAAGGUCCCCCUGCCAUCAGGCCCUGCACCUGCCCACUCCCUGGGGGACCUAAAGGGCAGCUGGCCAGGGCGGGUCCUCGUCACUCAUUUCCUCCAGAUGUCCAGGAAGGCCCCAGACCCCAGUGGGAAUGGAACCCCUGGGCAUAAGCAGGUCCCCCAGAAGCCAUGGGGCUGGCCAGGCCGAGAGAGCCUCCACCUUCGCAGCUGCGGUGAUCUGAGCUCCGGCCCCUCCCUCCGGCGCCUCCUGUCCGCCCGCCGGCUGGAGCGCAGUACCCGACCCCACAGCCUGAGCCUCAAUGGCGGCACCCGGGAGACUGGGCUCUGACCGGAGCAUCUUGCAACAUUGAAGAGAUCCAGAUGAUUUCUGGGGCUACAGGCAGCAGCUGGUUGGGACCAGCAGCCCGCAGCGCCCCCUUGCACUGGCUGGCACAAAAGUAACCUGAACACCCCCAAAGUGUCCCUUUCCCUCCUACCUCUGGGGGCCUGCUGCUGCUUGCCUGUGCUCUCUGCAGCCUGAGAGAGCUUCUGUCCUGUGCUGCAUGGGUAUUCAGGAUGGGGUGAGGGGCGGUGCACCUGCUUACAGCCAGCACUGGAGAAGGAAGACUAAUAAACUCCUGUGCCCCCAGGAUGCCAGUGGCUUUCGGAUUCGCCAGGGGUACUGUGGCCAGGGCAAAGGCGUGUCCUGGGUGUCUGGGCAUCGGGGGCCGUGUGCCUUUGCAGUGGGGUGGUGAGGCAGGAAUGUGGGUGGCCUCCCAGCUCCGCCAUCUCUAGCUGCAUGACCUUGGGCAAGUUAUUUAACCUCAAUUGCCUGAUCGGUAAAAUGUUGUGAGGAUGAAUGUUUGUAAAACUCUUAACACACUAAGUAAGCCUUCAAUAAAUUACAUUUUCCGCCUCUCUCCUGGAUC